AUGGGCAUACGGCCGUUGGCAGGAGUGCAGCGGAACGGGAGUAGUGCUGCAGGGAAUGGUACCAGUGGAAGGAGCAACGGCUCGAUUGUAGAAUUUACUGUCAGCACUUUCAACAGCACUGCCGCCAACGGCACUGCAACCAACGGCACUGCAACCAACGGCACUGCAACCAACGGCCUCACAACCAACAGCACCACAAGCACCAGCUCUCCACCCACCGCUGCUCCAUCCCGCACACCUUCCAGCAUACCUAUACCCUCCCCCAAGAACAAGACCUCCACGACACCUUCAGACACCAUCCCAAUCACCCCUCCCUCAACCGAAUCCAAAACCCUCCUCACCUUCUCCGACCCCUCUCUAGCCCUCAUGGCGCCCAUAUUCGAAUCCGCCAGGGCGUUCAACGCGCGGGAUGCACUCACUCUCUGGUACUCUCUCCCUGUGCCCGAACCUGCCUACUACGUGGUGCGGCUGUACUUUGCAGAGCUUGUGAACCGAGUGCCAGGAGCAAGGCGGUUCAAUGUGAGCGUGGAGGGAACCGAGGUGCUGCCUGCGUUUGCCAUCGGGCAACGGUUCCCCACUGUGGAUCGCACCCGCGCAGCUGCUGCUGGGGCUGCUGGCGGUGGUUUUGGGCGGGGUUUCAGUGACGGCUCUGUGGACGUGUUCUUCACCUCGGGGGACAUCGGUGACCCCGUCAUCUCCGCCAUCUCUGUAAGAUCAUGCCAAUGCUGGAACGUUGCUGCCUGGGUUGGUGUAAUGAUGUUUGAUUUGAGGUGCCUCAAAAGACAGCGCCUCUGUGGACGUGUUCUUCACCUCGGGAGACACCGGCGACCCCACCAUCUCCGCCAUCUCUGUAAGAUGCUACCAUGUUGGUGUGGUGAUGGCGCUCCUGAUGCUGCCGUUGGUGUGGUGAUGUUUGAGGCUCUUCAAAAGACAGAUGGCUCUGUGGGCGUGUUCUUCACCUCGGGGGACACCGGCGACCCCAUCAUCUCCGCCAUCUCUGUGCUCGAGUGCCCAAAAGGAAUGUACAACCUCACAGCACCGAACAGCACCGCUGUGCUUGCUUCGCUGUACCACAUUGGGGCGGGAUUGACACCCAACUCGUUCUUCCUGGACGCCAUUGGCCGCUCGUGGCUGCCUGACACGCCGUACCUUGCCGCCCCUUCGCCGGCCAACACAAUGACUGUGGACAACGCUCCUGGGAUUUACAACUCGCUGUUCUCAAUGGAGAACGGAGACAACCCCAACAUGCCGCCAGAUGCCGUAUUCACUGUCAGUACUCCCUCCCCUGCCUCCAUGCCGUAUUCACUGUCAAAAUGGCGCACAACUGUGAACGGGCACGAGACGGAGCCGCAGGCGCGGUUCAAGGCGCACACGCUGCAGUACGUCUUCCCCGUGCCGCCCUCCACGCCCCUUGCUGUCUUCCUCGGCUUCCGAGACGGGCUGUUUGAUUUUCCGGGGGCGCGCUUCCUGCAAGUGUUCGUGGACGGUCAGCUGGCUGUGAAGCCCUUUGAUGCCUUUGCUCCGCCCGCCAACUAUUUGGCCAAGGAGCUUUACGUCGACUCGAAAGUCAACUCUGCUUACGCUCCUCCCAACCCUAUCUCCCUUUACAUCCCCAUCACCUCUCUCCCAUCCCCCGCCGCACAUCUUCUGUCCUUUCUCCCAUUCAUCCCCUCUCUGCAUCGCCUCUUCCUGUCACGUCUAAGCCACCACAUCUCCCUAACCGAUCCUCUUCCUUUGCCUGCUUUCCCCUCUGCUUCGCCACUGCCUGGACGCGAUCGUGAAAGCGGUGGAGGUGUGCCACUUGCUGCAGUGGCAGGAGGGGCGGAUGAAGGCUUCAAGCCAAUAUGUUCCUUUCCAUCCCACCUCCCGUUUGUCCACGUAUCUCUCCCCCCCUCUCCCAGGGACUCGUUUGUGAAUGCAGUGGAGGUGUGCCAUGUGCUGCAGUGGCAUAAGGGGCCGGAGGAGGAGGGCCUCGCAUGGGAGGAGGGGCGCGAGGCGACGUUCAAGACCACUUUGCAGGCGGCACAGCAGCAGGCAGACCCCACUGUCGUCGUGCAGUCCGUCUGGCGGUGGCAGGAGGGGCGCGAGGCGGCGUUCAAGGCCACUCUGCAGGCGGCACAGCAGCAAUCGGAGGCCAUUGUGGUGGUGCAGUCUGGCAUCCUGCUGGGAGUGGUGUCAGCAGUCUUUGUGCUAGCUAUCGCCCUGGCAGUGCUGUUAGGCAUGAGAUGGCUCAAUGCGCGCAGAGCAGCAGCGGCAGCAGCUGAAUCCGAAAAGGAGAAGCUCCUGGGCGCCCGACCCAACAGCCGCUUCAACCGCCGAGCCAACGCCGCAGGCUCGGUGUCGUACAUGGGCAGCAGCUUUGGCGGAGGGAUGAACGGCAGCAGCGGAGGGGGCAGUGGGGGCGGCGGGGCAGGGAGCAAGGCGAUAUCAGCGUUUGGAGCACACUGCUUCACGUGGGAGGAGAUGAGGGAGGCCACUAACGACUUUGCACCCGCCAAUGUGAUCGGCAAGGGAGGGUUCGGACAGGUGUUCCGGGGGCAGUUGGAGAGUGGGCACAUGGUGGCAGUGAAGCGGCUGGACGUGGGGUCGGAUCAGGGCGAGAAGGAGCUCGUCACCGAGGUGUUCCGGGGGCAGUUGGAGAGUGGGCACAUGGUGGCGGUGAAGCGGCUGGACGUGGGGUCGGAUCAGGGCGAGAAGGAGUUUGUCACCGAGGUCGAGCUGCUCACGCGCCUGCACCACCGCCACCUCGUGUCGCUCAUUGGCUUCUGUGAGGAGGACGACCAGCGCCUCAUGCUCGUCUAUGAAUACGUGCCCAAUGGCACGCUCAGGCAUGCACUGCAUGAUGCUGACAAGGCUCGGGAAAUGACCUGGAACCUUCGCCUCAGGGUGGCGUUGGGAGCAGCCAGAGGAAUCGAGUACCUGCACCGAGGCGCCCUGCCACCUGUCAUCCACCGCGACAUCAAGACGACCAACAUACUGCUGGACUAUCAGAUGAACGCCAAGGUGGCGGACUUUGGGCUGUCCCGCCUGGCACAGCAGGCUGUGAGCGGCACGCACCUGGACCUCAUCAGCACCAACGUCAAGGGCACCAUGGGCUACCUGGAUCCCAACUACUACACGAAGCAGCAGCUGACGGAGAAGAGUGACGUGUACAGCUUCGGGGUCAUCCUGCUGGAGCUCAUCUCCGGCAAGGUCCCCAUCUGGAUGGAGCCCCGCGCCCCCCCCGCCACAACCGCUGCCGCUGCUGCUGAUGGUGGUGAUAGUGCUGGUGGUGAUGGUGGUGAUGGUGGUGAUGGUGGUGAUGGUGGUGAUGGUGGUGUUGGUGGUGUUGGCAGUGCUGCUGCUGGCGAAGGCAGUGUUGCUGAUGAUAGUGCUUCUGGCGCUGAUGGUGCUGCUGCUGGUGGUGCUGGUGGCGAUAGUGGAGGUGGAGGUGGAGGAGGAGGAGGAGGAGGGGUGGAGGGCAGGCAGGUGCAUGACAUGGACAGUGACGAUGAUGACGAGGACGACGAUGAGGACCGGCUCAUGAACCUCGUUGAAUGGGCGUCACCGCGCAUAGAGGCGGGGCGGGUGGACGUGGUAGCAGCAAGGGAGCUGCAGGCGGCGUCAGAGGCGGUGCUGCAGUCCAUGCAGGCCGUGGGGGAGCUGGCUCUCGCAUGCCUUGAGAUGCAGGCGCGCAACCGCCCCACCAUGUCGCAGGUUGUGCGGCAGCUAGAAGAAAUCCAGCUGGCGCUCGCAGAAGAAGACGAGGACGCCAUUCAGAUGCUGCCCCUCUCCACCGCCUCCACCUCAGCAGCAGCAGCAGCAGCAGCCAACCUCGGGGCCUCCCUCACCGCAUCUGGCAUCCCUCCGCCUCUCCCUCUGCCCACGGUGGACGAGGAUGCCUCAGCAGACUUCUCCCACCCCAGUGCGGCCAGCAACAGCAACGUUUCGGCUUCCAACCGUGCCUCGCCGCGCAUUUCCCCUCGCAGUCCUGGCAAUGGGGUUGAUGCUGCCGGUUCUGGUAGCUUCACCUCCCCACGAGGCACCCACAAGCCAGAAGGGAGUGCUGGUGCUGCUGCUGCUGCUGGUGCUGGUUUUGGUGCUGGUGCGAUCAAGUCACCUCGUACUCUCAUCACCUCGCCUUACUCCCCUGCCCCGCUCAAUCGAACCUCCUCCCUCCCCUCACCUUCAUCUUCCCACCCCCCCGCCCUCUCCCCCAAAUCGGCACUCUCUCCCUCGUCCAAGCCUGCAGCCUGGGCCAAUCAGUGCUGGCCACGUGGCACAGGGAACAGGCCUGGCAGCAGCAGCAGCAAGGGCAAGGAGAAGGGAGCUGGUGCUGCUGGGGAGAAUGGCAUGCAAGUGCAGGAGGGGGAGAGAAUGGAGGAAGUGGAGGUGGGGCAGGAGGGGGAGCAGGUGGAGAUUCAGAGCCCUAUAAUAGAGUCGGACCAGGCACCGCUCAAAUCGGCUAAGUACCUCUCCAGCGGCCCAUUGUUGUAG